CAGAUAUGGACCUUACUCAUCCUCUCCAUUAAACUCAAUCAAAGAGUUUCUGUUUUCCUUGUAAAAGAUGAAGUUCUCUGCUUCUUCGGCUUCUACUUCAUUCACAUGGACAAUCUUAAUCACAUUGGGAUGUCUUAUGCUUCGCGCGUCUUUGUCCGAUGCUCAGCUUACUCCUACCUUUUACGACACUUCAUGUCCUAACGUCACGAACAUCAUAAGAGAUACCAUUGUCAACGAGUUAAGGUCAGAUCCUCGUAUCGCUGCGAGCAUCCUUCGCCUUCACUUUCACGACUGCUUUGUUAAUGGUUGUGACGCAUCGAUCUUGCUGGACAACACGACAUCAUUCCGCACAGAGAAAGAUGCGCUUGGAAACGCGAAUUCGGCUAGGGGAUUUCCCGUGAUAGAUAGAAUGAAAGCCGCAAUAGAGAGGGCGUGCCCAAGAACCGUUUCAUGCGCAGAUGUGCUCACCAUUGCAGCUCAGCAAUCUGUCACUCUGGCAGGAGGUCCUUCUUGGAGGGUACCUUUGGGGAGAAGAGACAGCUUACAAGCAUUUCUGGAACUCGCUAAUAAUAAUCUUCCUGGUCCAUUUGACACACUUCAAACACUCAAAAAAAGCUUUAGUAAUGUUGGCCUCGACCGUCCUUCUGAUCUUGUUGCUCUCUCCGGUGGUCACACAUUUGGUAAAAAUCAAUGUCGAUUUAUUAGAGACAGAUUAUACAACUUCACCAACACCGGUUUACCCGACCCUACUCUCAACGCUACUUACCUCCAAACCCUUCGUGGACUAUGUCCCCAAAAUGGCAAUCUAAGUGCCUUGGUGGAUUUUGAUCUGCGUACGCCUACGGUUUUCGACAACAAAUAUUACGUGAAUCUGAAAGAACAAAAAGGUCUUCUCCAGACCGAUCAAGAGUUGUUCUCUAGCCCCGAUGCAACUGACACAAUCCCCUUAGUGAGAGCAUAUGCUGAUGGCACACAAACAUUCUUCAAUGCAUUUGUGGAGGCAAUGAAUAGGAUGGGAAACAUUACACCUCUUACAGGAACUCAAGGACAAAUCAGGUUGAAUUGUAGGGUGGUGAAUUCCAACUCUCUACUCCAUGAUGUGGUGGAGAUUGUUGACUUUGUUAGCUCCAUGUGAUAAUUGUUUACUAAAUAUGUAUGUGGCUACAAGAAUACAUAUCAAUAAAUAAAAAUGUCAAGAUUUUACUUGAGAAUAUUUAAUUUCAA